AUGAAAGCCUUAGGUGGGAUGCUCGCUGAAGCUUAUGCGUCAUGGUCCUUUUCUAUUUCCGAAUGCUGUUCAUCUCUUGCUUCUUCUCACUCAGAUGAGAAGCCUCGUCAGCUUGGUACUCCUGAUUCAUUCGGUAUUGUUUAUCAAGAACCUUCAUUCAUCCCGCCUCCUUCAGCAGCGUCUUUUAGACCAGAUACAGAAUUAUCUACUUUGGAGCGGGUCCCCAAGAAAAGGCAUAAUUCUGGACAGGGCAGCUUCUCUGUGAGAAAGCUCCUGCUGCGGCCAAGUUCAUCAUCAUCAUCAUCAUCAUCAUCUCGCAGGCCGCAAAUAUCGGCUCCUACCAAUUUCCGUCAUAUUCAUUCGGAAUCUUUCCGUUUCCCGGGUCAUAGGCCCACACAAGUGAGACCGCAGCCGGCUUCUCUUCGUCCACUUGAACUCAGUAUCUAUAUGUCUGAUAAUCGACUUUCUCCCAUCCUCCCUCACUUUGGCCCCCCUGAACCCCCAGUCACGCCGCCUCAGCGCGUUUUUACUCUCUCAACCCGUAGUGAAGAUAGUCCACGUAUUUCGCAUUCGCGCAGCUACUCAUCCAUGUCUUUCCACAUUCCCCGAAGGCCAGUUAAUGAUGGUUCUGUUUUCGAUUCUCCGCAAUCAGACAUUGGCACACCUCGGCGACCCCAACCUGCCAAGCUUAAGGAUCGCUCAUCGCCAGCAUCAUCGAGUCCUAUGAUGGAAGAUCUGGUUGAAAGAGUUGCGACUGCUAUGCUAGAACGGGACAAGCUUCAGGAGCAGAUUGAAGAUGUCAUUGAGAGGCAGAGCAUAUAUAUUAGCAGCCGACCAUCAACUGCUCAUGGACAACCUGAAAUGACGCCCAUGCCAGAGAUCCCAGCACUGCCUCCCAAUGCCCCCUCGUUCAGUGAACGUCUUAGUUCCGAUCGCCCACGAACUGCGCUAUCUCAGAUGUCAGCGCGUACUUCAUAUCAGGCAAAUUCGUCGCGGAAGGUGGAGAGCAGAAUUCCUCCUCCACCGUUACCACUCAGGCUAAGACCGCCUCUUCGCAAGAAGAAAUCCUUUUCGCGGGUUUCUACCUGGCUAUUCUCUGGUGGAGAGCCCAACAAAGAUAUUAGUCUCGACUCUACCACCAACGAUCGGAGACCAAUAGCCGAUACCGACGGCUUUUAUGAGGUGGUCGAUUUUGAAGAAAAUCGACGGGGUAGCAUCGAUACCCUAUCAACAAGUUCUGAUUGGACUGUUGAAGAAGAGCAGACUUUGCCUACAAGUUUGUCACCUAGCAGUACGACAACCCUCAGGGCAAGGUUGGAGACACCGAUGUCGAUCGCAUCUGGACUACGCCAGCCAAUGGUCGUCCCUCACAGACAAAGCGUUGGUGUCGCUGUCUAA